AUGAUCCCGACACCACAGGCCAUCGUGUACGCUACUCGCCAGCCUACGGACCGACAUGUCCGCUACUUCGACGCAGCGGAGUUGAGGACCCUCAGCAAGGUCUGUCCCCAGCUGUACAACAAAGCGGAGGUCGCGCUCACCAGAUGGCUCGUGUGGGACCCACCAAGUGGCUUGGCUUCCUGUGUGCCUACAUCCGGCGGUUUGCGGUCGACUGCACCAACCAAGUCCGUGACCUUCGGAUCAAGCAGAAUGGGAAACUGGUGCAGCAUUCCUCCGUGGCUCGUGAGAGCCGACAGUGAUUGCAGUGCUUAG